UAUUACUGUCCAUGCAUCUAAAUGGGCAGGACAGGUGUAUCGUGCAUAAUUGCGCCAUGAGUUAUAUGGAAAUAAGACGAGUGAUGCGCGUAAUUCACGAUAACAUCGGUCAUUACAACGUGAACGGCGCUCUCAUGUUAUAACGGGAACACGCAUGUGGAAAGCGUGGAUUUAAGGAGAAAUGAUGACGAUGAGUCAAGAAUAUUAAAUGUUUUAAAUCUUUUCUUUUUUCUCGUGGAGUAUUUUAUGUGUCCAAGAACGAAGCACCGCUUAAGAUAAUUGUGCUUAACACAAGCAGAUUUUAGUUUGAGAUGUUGCUUUGCUUUCAUUGAAGAUUUAGGUGGCGAAAGAAUUUGCAGAUACUCAUAUGCAUGAAAAGGACAUGAUCAAUUUUUAGUGCAAAAAAUUGUUUGGAAAAAAAAAUGAUUGCUCCCAUUGUGAUUGGAGCUGUACUAUUAAUCCUCUGUGUAUUUUGCAACGGAAUCGUCAUCAGGUCCUUUUUUACAGAGAAAUAUAUUCGUAGUCAUGCCAACAUGUACGUAAUAAGUCUAUCAUGCGCAGAUCUUGGGUGUGGCAUUGUUGGAAUUUCUCUGUUUCUUGUAUCUUCAUUCGAAAACUUCACAGAGUACAUUCUAAUAAUUCAGAUAUCAUUUGAUAUCUUCUGGGGUUCGGCUUCUAUAUUUAACUGUGUAGUGUUAAGCAUCGAGAGAGCCCUUAAAGUCAACUUUCCAUACUGGUAUGCAAACAACAUGACAUCCUUAAAGAUAAAAGUUUCUAUCUUUUUUGUGUGGUUUGCGGCUCUCAUCGUAGCAAGUUUAUCUUUUGCAAGAAAGGAGCGAAAAGCACCUGUGUACUUGACCUUCUUGUUCAUAGUCGCUUUUGUUAUUCCAGUUUACACGAUAUUCACUUCGUACUUGACUAUAUUUUAUGUUGCGCGAAAACAUGUACGAAACAUACGAAGUCAAAAUCAUGGAGGUAAUAAAGAGUUAAGAAAUUUGCGCUGGUUGGAGGUAAAAGUUGCUUGGAAAACAAGCAUUUUUACUGCAGUACACAUAUUAUGCUGGACACCGCAAUUCGUUACUGUAAUAUUGACAAUCCUAUCACGUGACAAUCCAUUGCCUCUUAUGUACAGCUCAGUAAUAUUAAAGUACAUCAACGCAGCUAUAAACCCGUUUAUUUACGCUUUAUUUAAUCCCUCGUUCAGGAAAGCAAUUAUCAAGUUAUUUCAAAAAAGACAACUGAUGACAUCGCAAAGAAGCUAUCAAAGAAAUGGUAACCUUACUCUAAACACAGCUUUUCCUAGUCCUACCGUGAGCAGAUAUGAGUCAGGUUACUCACCACAAAAUGAAAGACAAGUUCUCUCUCCCCUUGAGCACCAAGGAGAAAGAAUGGAAAACUUAUACAAAGACAACGAGCUAAUGGAAAAUGUCAAUGAAGCUUCAAAUCUUUAUAAUACGAGUGAAACAAGCCUUUAAGACUUUUCGAAAUCGAUUUUAUUCAUUGCAUUAAUAUCAUCAAGUUGCGCACCGACGCAAAAUCUUUUCCAAGAUAACUAAACACAAAAUUGAAGAAAAUUAACUUGUAAAACCUCUUUCAAUCUUUGCAAACAAAACCUGCAAUAUCAACAAAACAUUUCCCAAAUUACUGCUGCCUGGGAAUUGUAACAUAAAUAGAGGCUUUUUCUCUCUUUAUGGUUGAAAAUGAAGACGCCUGUAAGUUUAAUUUAUUUAAUUAUAUAAUAUCAAAUAAAAUUUUUCAAUAUUUCAGUAUCUUCAUAAAACUACAUCAAAUGCUAUAAUAUCGACAAAAAUCACAUUAGAAUUGUUUUAUCCGUUUUUUUCUUUA